AUGGAUAAGAUUUGCACUGCAGAACCGGAAAUCACUGCCGAGGAGGCCCUUGCAGUGGCCACAAUGACCUUCAAUCAGAGGGAUUCUGUUCGGGGAUUCUCGCCUGUUCAACACGCCCUCGGCCACAACCCUGACAAUGUAGGGCCCAUCUUGGAUGCUGUGAACAUGUCCCCAGUGACCCAGCUGUGGGAAGACCCAAGUGGAGAAAUCGAACGGACCCAUCGGCUAAGAGCUUUGGCCGAGGGAAGUCAUGCUACCUGGGUGGCCCAGCAAAGAAUCGUUAGAGCCCGAAACUCCAAAGCGCAGCCUGUGUAUGACUAUCAACCUGGAGAAUUGGUGUAUUUUUGGAGGGCUCAAACGGGCCAGCAGGGACGUAGGCAGCCAGGUGAUAAGCAUGGCAGAUUCUUGGGCCCUGCUCGAAUAUUAGCCACAGAACGCAAGCAAGAUACCGACGGACUGCUGCGACCAGGAAGUUCUGUGUGGCUGGUGCGGGGCAGAAGCUUACUGAAGUGCUGUGUGGAACAGUUGCGCAGGGCCUCUGAGAGAGAGGAGCUGGUGGAAUCGCUGGCGGUUCCUGAGGAUCGCACACCGUGGACGUUCCAGCGAGUGGCCACGGAGAUAGGAGGGAACCAGUAUCGCGAUUACUCAGGUCAAGCUCCAACCAUCGAGGAGUGGCACCGCGCACAAGACUUGAAGGCCGAAGUGCCGCCGAGCAGACACAGACUAAGAGGGAAGCGUCCUGCACCAGUGAGCGAGAUGGACGAGCCGGAGGACGAGGAUGAGCCAACACCCUCGUCGGGCUCACGGGAGCCCGCUGCGGUACGGGCCAAAGGCAGCGGCUUCCAAGUGGCGGAGGCCUGGUGGGCUACCGUGCCUGACCAUCAGUGGGAGAAUCAGGCCACAGCGUACUGGGAGAAGUCGGAUGCAGCAGUAGCCGUCGAGAUUGACCUUCCGGCCGGACAGCAGAAUUUUCAGCAGUCUCUUCAUCACCUCUCCAGCUACUUCGUUGGAGCAAUGAAGCGACGAGCGGUGGAAAUCAGUGAAAGACGGCUCAAUGAUGAGGAGAAGAAACAAUUCCGAGCUGCCAAGGCCAUCGAGGUACGGAAUUUCUUGGCCGCCAAGGCGUUCGAGACGCUGCCCGAAGGACUCCGUCCAAAUAAGGACCAGGCGAUAAACAUGAGGUGGAUCCUUACAUGGAAGCCUACGGAUUCGGGCGGCAAGAAAGCGAAGGCGAGAGCGGUGUUAUUGGGAUAUCAAGACCCGCUCUAUGAGCACCGUGUCACCACGGCACCUGUCAUGACGCGGCAGACGCGGCAGUUGCAACUCCAGAUCACUGCGAACAAGAGAUGGAGGAUUCAGAAGGGCGAUGUGUCAGGUGCAUUUCUUCAGGGUCGAGAGUACCCAGGGGAACUAUACUGCGUGCCAUGCCCGGAAAUCUGUGAGGCCAUGGGACUGGCGGAAGGAACCAUCACACGCUUGAAAAGAGCGUGUUACGGCUUGGUAGAUGCGCCACUAGAAUGGUAUCGCACAGUAGAUGAGUACCUCCAGGAGCUGGGUCUUGAAAGAACAAACUCGGAUGCAUGCGCCUGGGUUUGGAGAGUUCAGGGCCAGCUUCGUGGGAUGAUUUCGGGGCAUGUGGAUGAUUUCCUUUUCAGUGGUUCCGCGGAUGAUAAAGAGUGGCAGGCCAUAUUGGACAAGAUUAAGACCCGAUUCCAGUGGGGCGACUGGGAAACAGACCGUUUCAUUCAAUGUGGUGUGCAAGUGGAACGUACUGAAGACGGUUUUGCUUUGAGCCAGGAGCGCUACGUGGAAGGGAUUAAAGAGAUACCUUUGUCUUCUUCACGGCGUAAGGAUACCAACGCCUCCACUACAGAGCGCGAGAAGACCCAACUCAGGGCUCUCCUGGGCGGCCUGUCCUGGCACGCCCAACAGGUAGCACCGCAUGUUUCAGCUGAGGUCAGCCUCCUGUUGUCAGAAGUCACCGAAAGCACGGUCCAGACCAUCAUCCGAGCCAAUGUCUUGGCUUACAACACUAAGGCGCAAGCCGCCAUCAACGGCGAAGACGCUUUGUACUUUGCGAGGUACCAGUGGAGUGAACUUUGUUACGGGAACGUCUACGACAAACUGAAUACAGAGGUCCUUGUAAUCAAAGGGGCAGAGAAGCGAACGAACAUCGAGCUUCUCUCCUUGAAGGAGGCACAGAACAACCAUGGCCUCAUUAUGCGAUGGGUACACUCGGAAGCCCAGUUGGCGAAUGCACUGACCAAGAGUGGCAGCCGGGAGUUAGAACUUUUCUAUCGUAUGAAGCAUACAUGGAAGAUCGUUGAGGAUCCCGAGAUGAUGUCUGCUCGGCGCCGCAAGCAGGUUGGUUUGGAUCCCCUAAGCUCAGGAUUAGAUACCAAAGGGACGUCACGGCUUCCGGGGAACCAGGAGACGGGGGGGCAUAAAGGUUAA